AUGAGUCAUCAAGAAAAACUACAAGAAGAAAAUCUAACCCAACUGAUGGAAUUUGUUCUUCUGGGUUUUGAUGAGAUUCCCCAUCUCCAGUGGUUUCUUUUUGGACUAUUUUUAGUCAUUUAUAUUAUUAUCCUGAUGAGCAAUGGCAUUAUAUUUUUAAUAACAAAAAUGGAUCCUGAUCUCCAGAGCCCCAUGUAUUUUUUCCUGGCAAAUUUUUCUUUUUUGGAAAUCUGCUAUGUAUCAGUCACUCUCCCCAGAAUGCUGGUGAAUCUUGGGACUCAAAGAAGAAGAAUAUCCUUAGUUGCCUGUGCUACACAGAUGUCCUUAGUCCUUAUAUUAGGAAGUACAGAAUGUUUGCUUCUCACUGUAAUGGCUUAUGACCGCUACGUGGCCAUUUGUAAUCCUUUGCACUAUCCUCUAGUCAUGAACCAUAGGGUCUGUAUCCAGUUAGUGACUGGCUCCUGUAUACCUGGACUCCCAAUUCAGAUAGGGCUGACAUAUCAGAUUUUCUCUCUGCCUUUCUGUGGAUCUAACCAAAUCAAUCACUUCUUUUGUGACUUCCCCCCAGUAUUCAAACUGGCCUGUGGGGACACAUUUAUGAAUGAGAUGUUGCUCUACAUAGUUGUUGUCUUCUUUGGCAUGAUUCCAUUUCUCUUGAUCCUUGGCUCCUACAUUAAAAUCAUUGUCACCAUCCUGAAGUUGCCAUCAGCCAUAACUCGGGCCAAAGCUUUCUCCACCUGCUCAUCUCAUCUUAUGGUUGUGCUGCUAUUCUUUGGAACAGCCAUCAUUACAUACAUAAUACCUAAGUCUAGUCACUCAGAAAGAACUGACAAAGUGCUUUCUCUUUUCUACACCAUCUUAAUUCCUAUGUUUAAUCCCAUGAUAUAUAGUCUCAGAAACAAAGAUGUCAAAAUGGCACUCCAGAAAUUGCUAUGUAAAUAA